UCCAGCUGAGCUCAGGUCCUCGGUCAGUCGGAGGAGACUCUCGGCCUCAGCAGCUCAGGUCCUCGGGCAGAAUGAACUGAUCCUCCCGAUGUUCAGAUUUCUUUGCCAUGGACACAGAUAUGACUCCGAGAUUCUCCUCUAAGGACGAGGAGAUCGACUUCUGGAAGGCUCUUUCCCUCAAGUACAAGAAAGGCUGCCAGGAGGCCCAGGAGGAGCUGCUGGAGUUUCAGGAGGGGAGCAGGGAGCUGGAGGCCGAGCUGGAGGCGCAGCUGAGCCAGGCCGAGCAUCGUCUGAAGGACCUGCAGUCGGAGAACCACAGAGUGAAGAAUGAGGCGGAGUCACUCAAGGAGCGGCUGGAGCAGCAGUAUUCUCAGAGCUACAAACAGAUCUCCAUGCUAGAGGACGACCUCGGACAAACGCGCAGCAUCAAGGAGCAGCUCCACAAAUACGUGCGAGAGCUGGAACAGUCCAACGAUGACUUAGAGAGAGCCAAAAGAGCCACCAUCGUGUCUCUGGAGAACUUCGAGCAGCGUCUGAACCAGGCCAUCGAGAGGAACGCCUUCCUGGAGAGCGAGCUGGACGAGAAGGAGUCUCUCCUGGUGUCUGUGCAGAGGCUGAAGGAUGAAGCCAGAGAUUUGCGGCAGGAGUUGGCUGUGAGAGAGCGGCAGGUCGAUGUAACCAGGAUGUCGGCUCCGAGUUCGCCCACACAGGACAACGUGAAGAUGGACAGUGCUGUGCAGGCCUCGCUCUCCCUCCCUGCCACCCCGCUGAGCAAAGGUCUGGACAACGCCUUUGCCAACUCGACAGUUCUAUCAAAUUGUUACGGCAGCAACUCGCCGCUGACUCCCUCUGCGAGAAUAUCAGCCCUCAACAUCGUUAGCGAUUUACUCCGGAAAGUCGGGGCGCUGGAGUCCAAACUUGCAGCUUGCAGGAACUUUGCCAAGGAUCAGAGAGCCAGGAAGGCGUUUGCUCUGGACAACAGCAACGUCCUCAACGCAAACACAUCCAACUACUCGCAGUCGCUCCAUACGUCUUAUUUUGACAAAGCCAGGACCGUGAAUGGACUGGAACCUGGCCGCCUGACGGCCAUCACCACCCCCCCCGCUGCCUCCUCUGCAGGCUUAGUGCCCCUCGCCGUGUGACGGUAACCCCCCCCCCCACAACCCUAAUUCCUGACCUGACACACCUGCCCUGCAACGGAAAACCACAUCUAGGAAGAGUGGAAACAAAGAGGCAGCACAAAUGUCCAUCACCGUAAAACUUUGUUGUACUGUUUCUCCUCCUCCUCUCACUCUCGGUCUGAUGUUCUCCCACUUGUGCUUCGUUCCUGCUGUAAUUGAGGUUCCUGUCUGUAAAUUUCAUGUGUUACUGUGUCUGCUGUUUGCUCACUGGCUCUCUGCUGUCGACACCUCUGAAGAUUCCCCCCUGAGUUUGUGAAAGGAGUGCACCGAUUAAUAAUCAAAGAAGGGAAAUAUUAUGCAAUCCAUGUGUUCUUAAUGACGCUGUUUGUGAUUGUUGUUAUAUAAUUCGAACAGGUUUUUUCUUCAACUUUCAUGAGCAAUAACUUAUAACGUGUAAUCGAGUGCCACAUGAACAAUGUCUCCUAAUUACUGAUAUUUCACAGUGAGCCUCAGACGUGUUAAACAUCAUCUCUGGUGUCUGGGUGAUUUGGGAUUUCACUCGUCAACCCUGUAUUUUGGUUUUAAAACAAAAAGGGGGGAGGAGGAGUCUUUGUGUCGUGGGCCGAACCCACCAUCAACCUCUGAACGCUGUGACAUGACGUGUACAGUUCUGGUCAUAUUGAUCUUGUAUUUAUAGGCAGCGGGUAGAGUGGUGCUGCCGUAGUGUUCACACCAGUAAACCAGCUUCCUUGUAUCUGUAGCUUUUAAAAUCUUGUUUAAUUUAUUUCACAAAUCAUUUU